CAUGAAGUACUGUGUACGAGCUCGCCAAACCUGCUGCAGACAUGUGCGUGCAUGAUUUGUUUAUGCCUCUUGUUUCGUUUUUAAAAGUCUGUUUGAGCAGCAAACGCUUUUCUGACGGUUGGUUCCGAGAGAAUGUUGCGCGCUCUUUAACCAAAGACGUUUUGAAUCACAAUCUUCAAUGAUCGAUAGUCCUGGCAUGAGGAAGACAUGGCUGCUGUAUUGUCUUCAGCUCCUGUUGAGGAUGAACUUUGUCUCACUGAAGCAGAGCAACAAGCCGAACUUUGUCCUGAUCAUGGUGGAUGACAUGGGGAUUGGUGAUUUGGGGUGCUAUGGCAACAAAACGCUGAGAACUCCUAAUAUUGACCAGCUAGCACAGGAGGGCGUAAAGCUAACGCAUCACAUCGCUGCUGCUAGCCUGUGCACACCAAGCAGGGCGGCGUUCCUCACCGGACGCUACCCAAUACGAUCAGGUCUUGCAAGCCAUGGCAUGACUGGAGUUUUCAUAUUUAACGCAGCGUCUGGAGGUCUUCCCCAGGAGGAGGUGACCUUUGCUAACAUUGUUAAACGUCAAGGCUAUGAGACCGCGCUAAUAGGUAAAUGGCACCUUGGACUUAACUGCAAGAACAGCACCGAUCACUGUCACCACCCGAGCACUCACGGAUUCAAAUACUUCUUCGGAAUUCCUCUGACUAACCUGCGGGACUGCAGUCCGAACAAUGGCACCGUCUUCAUGAUCCACAAAUUUCUACCAUACCGAACUCUGGCUGUCAUCCUGGCAUCUGCACUGGCUCUGCACUUCAGUGGCCUGCUCCGCCUCCACAGGAAGUUCACGCUGACCCUUUUGACUCUACUGCUCAUGUUCGCAGCGGCAAUACUCUUAUUCAUUCAGAUCGUCCCAUACUUGAACUGUGUGCUGAUGAAGGACCACAGAAUCAUCGAGCAGCCAUACAGGUCGGAGAACCUGACUCAGGCCAUGACACGUGAUGCAGUGACCUUCAUGGAAAGGAAUGCAGAGAGGCCAUUUCUGUUGUUUUUCUCUUUGCUGCAGGUUCACACCGCCAUGUUUGCCUCUGCAGCUUUCAGAGGGACAAGCCAACAUGGCAUCUAUGGCGACGCAGUCCAUGAGGUGGACUGGAGUGUGGGUCAAAUCACACAGACUCUGACUCGGCUCCAACUGGCAGGAAACACUCUGGUCUACCUGACGUCCGAUCAAGGGGCUCAUCUAGAGGAGAUUUCAGCCAGCGGUGAGGUCCACCGAGGGUGGAAUGGGAUAUAUAAAGGAGGCAAGUCCACGAACUGGGAGGGAGGGAUCCGUGUCCCGGGCAUCGUGCGCUGGCCAGGAACCAUCGCUGGUGGCAGGGAGGUCGACGAGCCCACCAGUAACAUGGACUUGUUUCCAACUGUGGUGCGCCUGAGUGGAGCUGCACUUCCUGAAGACAGAGAGAUAGACGGUCGGGACAUGAUGGAUUUACUGCAGGGCAACGUGGAACGGUCUGACCAUGAGUUUCUGUUCCACUACUGUAACGCUUUUCUCAACGCUGUCAGGUGGAAGCCCCGAAACAGUAGCUCUGUUUGGAAAGCAUUUUACUUCACUCCAAACUUCCACCCAGAGGACGGAACCUCCUGCGCACACACGCAUGUCUGCUUCUGCACGCCGCACUUCGUCACCUUCCACAGUCCACCGCUGCUCUUUGACCUUUCCAGAGACCCUUCAGAGAAGACCCCACUGACGCCUGCCACCCAGCCAAACUUCCACUCCAUCCUGGCAGUGAUGCAGGAAGCAGCAGAGAGACACCAGCGGUCAGUAAAACCGGUGGAGAGUCAACUGUCGGCUGCUAACAUUAUGUGGAGACCGUUGCUGCAGCCGUGCUGCUCCACCUUCAGCCAGCUCUGCCAGUGUCAGAGCUGGACAGAUUCUUAGAUGUUUUUACUCUUCCCAGCACUUCAAUUAUCAGCCUUUAUUCUCUACAUUGGUGGGACAUUAUUGAGAGGAUGAUACAAUUGUCUGUUGACAGUGAAAUGGAAACUGUAUCACAUUAUGGGGUGAUUUGGUUAAUCUUAUGUUGCUAUAUUAGUCAUUUCUGAGCGCCAGAAAACAUUGUGCAUAUUGGUUUCUCUACAGGCGUUAAUGUAAGAUGACAGAUGGACGGACGGAUCGAAGAGUUUAAGCAAAGACAGUACAAAAUUCUGCGAGAAUUGUUUUGUACGUGCCAGGUUAACUCAAAUUUAUGUCAGAGCUGAGCUGAUUUAAGUCCUGUGAGAAGGAGUCUAACCGAUGCUUGAUGCUGACAAACUCCUAAUCCCCACUGGACUCUAAACUGUGAGAAGACUGAUACAGAUACAAUGUACCCUUUUUAUAUGCUUUCUGUUCAUCUUUUAAAGCACAGUCUCUGUCGAUUGGUCCUGGUCUCCAUGGGUCAAAUUCCACAUGUCCUGUAGACUCCACUCGGUCUGGACCGACGUUGGUGAAUCCUCCCAAAUCUUGUCCUUUAUUGGUGGUAGCUGUAAAACACACUCUUCUGAUUGGCUUGCUUCAGUUGGUUGCCGUCUUUUCUGGUCUCUGUCUGACUCCUUGGUCCAUCAUUAAUCCUCAUCCGAUGAUCCCCAAAUACCCCUUCCUUGACGCUUACACCAGAUGCUUCCUGCCAAUCAUGACUCACUCUUUUACCUCACACAUUCCUACAUACAUACAGGGUCAAUUCAGGCAAAAAUGGAAAAGAAACCAAUCUUUGGGGAUUGGGCCAUUACUCACCCCUGGGACAGAAAAGUAUGACGUAGUGAUGGGUCGAUGAGGAAUCCUGAAAUGGUAUUACAGGGUUGAUGAAACAAUGUCCUGUGACUACUAGACGGCUCUCUUGGUUUAGAAUUGAUGUGAGGUUUCAUUGAAUUAGUUGUUCAACUCCAAACAUUUUACAGCAGACAGUGUCAUCUGGUGGACUGAGAAAACCAGGACGUGUUUCAUUGAAUAAAUACUGAAAUCAAAAUGUGUCAUGAAACUUAAUCAACCCUUCGAUACUGUGUCAGGAAACCUCAUCUACUAUGACUAAGGAAUGUAGUAGUGAUGGGCAGAUGAGGCUUCAUGAAGCAGUGUCGUCAUUUCGAGCCCCCACAAAAUGGCACUUUCUGCUGUUAAAUAUUUGAAUUUCAAUUAUGCCUAGCACCAUUGUAAAUCAAAAGCGCCACCUGCUGAGCUUUGAGAACGUGGACACUGUUUGAUGAUGCCUCAUCUGUUUCCAGUGUGAAUACUAAGACCAUAAAUAACUAUUUCUUUGUUGUAUUCACCCUGGCCAGCCACUGGCAGGGAGCCACUGGCUGCUUGUGGGACGAGUCAGCUUCACUGCGAACACAUGACUUCUGCUUUUCUACCUUUCUGACAAAAGUCAUUGAAAUAAAGUUGAUUUCAUUUUCAUAAUGUGAUUCUAAAGAUUAAAAUAACCCUGUUUCUGCCCGAUGAAGCCUCAUUAAGAAGUGUUCUGGUUAAGAAGUGUUUCGGUGUGAGUAGAGGUUUCAACAAAAUAGCUGAGGAGAAUAGAGCAGUGAGCUAGUGCCAUCUGGUGGUCUGAGAAAAUGAGCCUCAGCUUGUUCAAAUAAUUGAUUUGAAAUUGUUCUUUAUUUUGUUUCACUUGUCAUGUUUUCAUGUCAGUUAAAAAAAACAGUCUGCUGAUUCAAGAGGAAGUGUCCGAUAAACCAAAAGACAAUGCUCCAUCCAAAAACCAAAGCCACUAUUUCCUGUGCACUGCAGCAGCAGCCAGUAAAAUUCACCUCCAGUGUUUCACGCUGAUAGAGAAUUAAAUGGCUUGUAAAUGAUGUCCACAGAAGGGGUACAGAGGGUGAUUUUAAAAACCUCAGCCAGUCCAAGGAACAAAUUCAGAGACACAUUUGAUCCCAGCGUUGAUAUUAAAUCGUUACAAUCGGCGGCCAGUCUGUUUGGUAUCCUGAAGUCCAACAGUUUAUUCAAAAGAAAUCAUCAGAAGUGAUUUAGGAGCCGGAGGAAUCGGACUGUCAGCUCAUCCAGGACUCUCUCUUGAGGAAUCUCAGUGUGUCACUGAAUCCUUCGUGACACAGAGACUGCAGGCCUUGGUGGGUUGGAGGGAACAGAGCCUGGUUCAGACGUUUGAUGUUCUCCAAGGAGAGCUAGAGGACCAGAGGAGGAAAAACACUUACUGAAGUGUGAAGAACUUUCAUAAGUCACAUGUCCCUAACAAAAGAGGUCAUCCUUUUGGAUCAUUCUGGAGCAUCCAUUACUAUCAUUACUUAAAGCUGAGUAAAGUAUCUUCACAUCCAGGAGACUAGACCAAACUAAAUCAGACCAAACUGAAUACAAAUGACAUACAGGGACUGGACACCUUAAGCUUUUUUAGCUUUAAGGUGUAAACCCCUGUAUAUGGUGUUGGAUUUGGAGAUUAGUUGCUCUUUACAUUAGACACUGACUUGUAAAAAAAACUUCAAAUAUCAAGUUGUGUAUCGGGGCGUGUGUUAACAGUCAUUUAGAGUGGAGCUGGCUUGGUUAUUCUGGACCAGAAGAAGAGUGCAGUAGAAGGUAUUGCAGACAGUGCUUGUUUAUUUUCUCGGAAUGACUUGCCAUGACGGUAAAUGGAGAAAAAGGUCCACAUCUGUUCCUCACCACUUUAGCAAUAGAAAGCUAAAGCAGUUAAAAAACCUGUGAUUUGAGCACGACAGGUCAUUUCAGCUGAACAGCUCGACUACAGCGAGAGUGUUGGAGUGUCACUCUCAAGCGCUGGCAGUGAUUUGCAUCAGAAACAGAAUAAUUCAUGACCUGCAACAUUUCUGAUGUGCAUAAAUCCUGCACGGCCUUGUGUGCUUAUUUGCAGCUGUUUAAUGAGCUGCUCUCUCACAAGACAAUACAGGCCAACCUUCUUUAACCGCCGCUGCUGAGACUAAAAACGAACUAGAUAACAUUUGAGAUUGGACUGUAAACGCUGUGGUGACUGAGCCUCCUUAUGGAUUCUAGUAUCUAUA